AUGGCGUUUCUGAUUCAAGACUUUGGAAAACCGAUGUGCUCAUAAUACAAUCUUUCCUGCAUUAGUUUCAUCAUCCGUACCAACUCUUAAUUGUGCAGGCUAUCACCAAACUGUAUGACACAGUUUACUUUCCUUGCUAACCUUUAGAAUCACAAUGUGUUUCAUAACUAGGUUGAAGUGCCAAAGAAAAAGCGUGCCACAUCCCUAUAUGUGAAAGCUACAGACACUGGAAUUGAUCCUAAAGAGGCUGCUAAGAGGCUAAACAUUGAUUGGUAUUCUGCAGCUGAAAUUGAAGAAGCUGAAGUCAAUGAUGAAACAGAAGUUCCCCCUUCUGUGGGUUAUGAAGCACUAUACUUGGUCACAGCUUUUCCUGUUAUUAUUGGUAUAUCCAUAGUCUUAACUUUAUUUUAUAAUUCUCUCCAAUAGAGAUUUUUCUUUCCGGCUGGAUUUCAGUGUAUAAUCUUCACCUAAGAGUCAAUUGCACGAGUUUGUAAAUUAGUGUCAUGAAUGGAAGAUUGUUACUCUGCCAAAUAUGUCUAAUCUAAACUACUUAAAAAUGUCAUUUAUGCUUACAAUCUAUUCUAAUCCUAUGUUCAGAUUUUCUAUCUGCAAUCUGAAUUAUUAAAUUAUGCAUCACCUUCAGAAGUGCUGCUGUGUAUGAAUUUUAUAGUUUUUCAGAUUCAAGCACUCGCCUUCUUUCACAUGUUGAGGUUUUGCCACUGAUUAUUCUCAUUAACAUAAGAAGCAACUUUCAAAACUCAGUUCUGACAUCUCAUCAAAAUUUUGUUAUUAUUUUAUUAAAGGUCAAUGCCAAUAUUUGUUAUCAAUUUGUUUAUUUUGUUCUGCGGAGCAAACUGCAAAGAAAGGCAACAUGCAAAUCACUACUAAGUUUGUGGUCAAGAAGGAGCAAGCGCAUCACCAGAUGAAUUUGAUAUUUUUUUGGUUGGAUAAAACAUGUGCCAUUGAAUUUGAAAAGAGGGAACAUGGGUGGUUCUCCUGAUAGCGGUGAUUGGGUGAAGGUAACAUGAAUGAUGUUGAAAAUGAAUUCGAUUGCAAUGUGCUUUGCUUUUUCUUACUAGGUUCCAGCAAGCCAAAGGCCAUGAGAGCGCAAUAAAGGGAGAAACAAUGAUGGAAAAUGCAAUUUUCCUGGAAAAGUUUGAAUCUGGAUCCCCGCCAUCAUCGGCCAUAAGACAAUAACAAACAAUCUGGAUUCAACAGUGAGAUUGGACCCAUGAAGAAUGACUCAAAAGAUCUUUAGGGGCUUAUGUAGGUGUUUUUGAUAGAAUAGGGGCUUGUGUUAGUUGCAUGACAAAGGUGAAAUUUUAAUAGGAAAAAGUGUUGCGUAAUUUAAGUGUACUGAAAUUGCAUAACACAACGAGAAUUAAAUUCUUUGAUAUUGA